CUUUAGAGAAGGAACCGAGUCUAAGUUUCAUGCGAAUAGGCUCCUUGAAUCUCAGAAAAUCACGGAAAUCCACAGUUUUUGCCAGUGUUAGAGGAAGUGCAAGGAACUUUGGUUCUACAUCCGAAAUGAAGUUUGGUAACCGUGUCUCUACAAGGAAGAAAAGUCAUAAGAAUGUAGUUUUUGAAAAGAAAAAGCAGCUGGUAGUUUCUGUUGGAUGGUACAUAAUUUUCAUUAAACUGCCGCGGGUGGAAGUAAUUUCGACGAUGAAUGUAGAUAAAUUUAUGUGUAGCUUUUGUGCUAAAAGAAUGUAUAUUGCAUUAAAUCAUUUUACAUGAGAUUUGAUCAAAUAAAUAAAUAAAUAAAAUUUCUUUAAAUUAUUUAAUAAAUAAAUUUUCUAUAAAUCAUUAAUUGUAUAAUUACAGAUAUGGUAAUAAAUUGAUUGAAAUGUUAUUUAAUAUCAGGUGCUUAAGUCUUAAUUUGCUUGCAAUUGAAUAAAUUCCAUUAUUUCAAUAAACCUGGGGACUUUUCACUAGAUUUUGAUAAACCGAGAAAAUAAAAUUUUCGGCUGUUUAUGACCUUAAAAGCAUUCGCUGUAAUGUUUCGAAUAUGUUUUU